AUGGACCACCCCGCGGCUAUCAAGGGUCAAGGUAGUGCCACCAACCCCAAUCUUACCGUAGUGGCAAUACCGAAGGAGAGGAUAGUACCGGCUCCUACGGGCCAUGGGUCCAACACUGGUGAGGCCGUGGAACCAGCCAAGGACGUUCAACGACGGUUGAGGAAGGCUAUAUGUUUAUCCAUGUUUUUCAUGAUUUUGGAAAUAGUUGGAGGCAUCUUGGCACACUCUUUGGCCAUCGUGACAGAUGCAGCGCAUAUCAUGUCGGACGUGUCUGGUUUCGCUGUAUCACUAUUUGCCGUAGUGCUAGCAGGCAAGACCCCUACUUCCCAAUACACAUACGGCUACCGUCAAGCUGAGAUCCUGGGCGCACUGUUCUCAGUGAUGAUAGUCUGGUUCAUGACCGGCGUCCUCCUUUGGGAGGCUAUCCAAAGAUUCAUUACUCUUGAGGAGGUCAACGGUGGCCUUAUGAGCAUCAUGGCUGUAGCUGGCCUCGUAGUCAACGUUAUCAUGAUGCUAGUGCUUGGUCAUCACCAUCAUCAUCAUCAUCAUCAUCAUGACAACCAUGGUAGUCAUGCUGACGGACACCAUGAUCACAAUGCUCGUACAGUUGAGCCUGGCCACUCGGCAACGGGAGAGGGUACUCCUUCUCCUACUCCUCGUCGUCUUCGUAAUCUCGCACUAGAUGCAGCAUUCAUUCACGUACUAGGAGAUCUGAUCCAAUCUGUCGGGGUUGUUGUAGCUGCCGUUGUAAUUUGGUGGGAACCAUUCAAUAUUGGUUCCACUACGGACGGCGUAUCUCGAUGGAAGCUUCACAUAGGCACUCUAAAGCGAUCUCUGCAUGCCCUCAUGCAAAAGGCACCUGACCAUGUCGAUGUUCGCGCACUCUAUAAGGAGCUCAAAGAUAUACCAUACGUGGAUUGUGUAGAUCCUUUUCGUGCUGCUGUUGUUGUUUUGAUGAAGGUACAGUGUUGGCCAAAGCUAAGACCGUGGCUAGGGGCAUGGGCAUUUACCAUGCGACUUUUCAGCUGGAGGUAUGCGCGGAGGACAUGGGCGAUCAAAAUAGGAGGCGCUCUGUGGGAGGGCACAUGGAAGAACCACGAAGCUACAGUGAGAUAUCUCAUUGACAAAGGAGCUGAUGUUAACUUCAAAGAUAAGGCCGGACGUACACCGUUACACGAAGCAUCGCGAUAUGGUCAUACUACUCUAGUGGAGCUCCUAGUGGACCACAGAGCCGACAUAGACUCCUUGGAUGGGGCCGGCGAGUCCCCAUUGGCACAAGCAGUGAGCUGUUGUCGGCAUGAUGUAGUGGCGCUGUUGACGGCCAGGGGCGCUAAGUUGCAUAUCACAGACUCGCAGGGCAUCACAGUGCAGCACUUGGCGGCUUUUACUGGGGAGCCCCAAAUGGCCGACUGGCUCUACUAUAGAGGAGCUUGGAAGAAUAGGUACGCUGUAGAGCACACCGAUAACAAGGAGGAGAAGGACGCGAAUGCCGAGGAGGGAAAUAUGGUGGCGGCUAUCGUUCCCUAUACACAAGGCUCUGAGGCUGUCCAGGGAGGAGAUCACGAAGAACUGAAUGAGGGCGAUGGAGAGGCUGAGGAUUAG